AACUGCCAGAAAAAUACAUUUCUGGAACGCUCAAUUUCCCUGGUGACGCAAGUCGGCAGAUUUUAUUUAAAAAGACCUCGAUCUUUGGCUUGGAUGGUCGGUUUACCCUCACACCGCUGUGAACAUGUUCUGUCGUCUCUUGGUCGUUGUCUUCCUCUGGGGUAUGCUCCUUGUAUCUGCCGCGCCUACGGGCACCUUGCAAUCCCAGUUACCGUCAGUAGCCGGCUUGAACGCCCAGCCUUUGAUUGAGACGGCUUUGCAAGCCGCAACAGUGCAUGCAUUUGUCCCUACCAGUGGAUCAAGUACGGCAUCACCGCCUAGUAAUGAUGAGGGUAGCGCUGGAUGGCUGAGCCAAAUGUUUGCCUUCAUGAACAAGGAAUGCAAUUCACAUCGUCGAAGGCUACGACGCUACAGUCCACAUCCUUGAUAAAUUCAUUUUACGACGUAUUUCGGCUGAUACCCAUAUCUU